GGGUCUACAACAGCAGCUAUGGCCCAGAAUAUGCCCACUGCAGCCCGACCAAAUGGAACUACCUGGGGAACAGCCUCUCCUACCUGGACUUUGGCUUCCCGAUCUUCCUUCUUCAGGAUGAAAGCGAAAGCGAGGUUAUCAAGCAGUGCUACCAGAAAUACAACACGCCUCAGAACGGCUCCGGCCCAGAGUAUCCACUCUGUGCCAUGCAGCUCUCCUCCCACAUGCACGCCGUCACCAGCACCGUCACUUGCAUGCGCCGCAGCCUCAUUCAGAGCACCUUCAGCCUCAACCCAG